AUGUCGUCGAAUCCAACGCCCGCGUCACGGCCCGGUGUGCCCUGGCGGCUCGCCUCGGUGGCCGUCAUGAGCAGCGUCGGGGCCGCAUCACGAGCUUUCCUCUACGGCCUCAACCGGGUCGAGGUCACGGGGCUGGACAACCUGCUGGGCGUGCUGGACCGCCGCAAAAACGGGCAGCGAGACCGCGGCCUGCUGACUGUGUGCAACCACGUCUCCGUACUCGAUGAUCCCUUGAUCUGGGGCAUCCUCCCGCUGCGAUACGCCGUCGACGUCGAGAACCUCCGCUGGGGCCUUGGAGCCCACGACAUCUGCUUCAAGAACCGCUUCUUUUCGGCCUUCUUCAGCUACGGCCAGGUGCUGCCCACCCACCGGCUGUGGCACUCGCCGCAAGGGGGCUUAUACCAGCCCACCAUUGCCCAGGCAAUCAAGCUUCUCUCAACCAACCACUAUGCCUGGGUCCACAUCUUCCCCGAGGCCUGCUGCCACCAGAACCCCGAAAGUACCCUGCGCUACUUCAAAUGGGGUGUAUCCCGCCUGAUUCUCGAAAGCGACCCGGCACCAGAGUUUGUCCCCAUGUUCAUUCAUGGCACGCAGAAUAUCAUGUCCGAGGAUAGAGGGUUCCCUCGUUUCCUGCCGCGCAUAGGCCAGCGAGUACGAGUCAUGAUUGGGAAACCAACUGACGUCGACAGCCUCUUUGGCCACUAUCGCACUUCUUGGAAGAAGAUGGUUGAGAAAGCCGGUGACCCCGACCAGCUGAGACACGACCCAGAGGCAGUGCAGCUCAGAGUCGAACUUGCAAAGGCGGUUCGCGACGAGAUUCAAAAGCUCAGGUUGAGUAUGGGAUUCGCUCCCGAGGAAGAUGAAACAGCCGCCCUUGCCGAGACGUGGUCCAAGGAGCCAAAUAAACGUAAAUUCAAGAGCCCCGUAGAUGGCAGCCUUGUCAAUAGACACUGA